GGAAAACGUGAACUUUUUCCAACACAGUACUUGGUGAAGGUGUGCUGUUCUACUUUAGGACUCUGACGACUGGUAAGAAACAGACAGCAGACAGCGUAUAUAGAAGACUACAGUAUGUCAGGAACACCCGACUUCGACAAGCAGGACGCCUCAGAGCUCCUUUCCAAGCUCUCCAUUGCUGCCACACGGGCGAAGGAGGAAUCGAAGGAGCCAAAGGAAUCUACAAAGGAAGAGCCAACCGACACCGUCAAAACUGACGGGCCACAGGAGAAAUCUGCAGAAGCACCGAAGGUAGCUGUAGAAAAGAAAGACCAAGAACCUGCAGACAACCUUAUCAAAUCGACGUACGAAGUCAAGGUCAAGCUUGCAGACUUGCAGGCAGACCCAAACUCCCCACUCUUUAGCGCCAAGUCCUUCGAGGAAUUGGGACUCAAGCCAGAGCUUCUCAAGGGCCUAUAUGCCAUGAAGUUCUCCAAGCCUUCGAAGAUCCAAGAAAAGGCCCUUCCGCUUUUACUAUCCAAUCCUCCAAAGAACAUGAUUGGACAGAGUCAGAGUGGUACUGGUAAGACUGCUGCAUUUGCACUUACGAUGCUUUCAAGAGUCGAUGAGAGCAACCCUGCGGUCCAAGCAAUUUGUCUAUCUCCUGCAAGAGAAUUGGCAAGACAAACUUUAGACGUUGUCCAGGAAAUGGGCAAAUUCACCAAAACGAAGAUUCAGCUAUUAGUUCCAGGAGCGCUGGAGAGAGAUGCUCCAAUAAACGGACAAAUCGUGGUGGCAACUCCUGGUUUUUUGCUCGACAUGAUUAGAAGAAAGAGAUUUUCUACAUCAAAUGUCAAAGUUUUUGUGUUGGACGAAGCAGAUAACAUGCUUGACCAACAAGGGUUGGGUGAUCAAUGUAGCAGGAUUAAGAAAUUCUUGCCAAAGAAUGAAGGACAGUGCCAGAUGGUUCUUUUCAGUGCCACGUUCCCUGAUGAAGUCAGAAGCUAUGCGGAGAAGUUUGUUCCCAACGCCAACUCUCUUGAAUUGAAGCACGAAGAAUUGAACGUCGAUGCCAUCACACAACUUUACAUCGAUUGUAGUAACGACGAAGAAAAGUUCAAAUACUUAUGUGAGUUCUACGGGUUGAUGACAAUUGCAUCCUCGAUCAUAUUUGUCGCAAAGAAGGAGACUGCCGACAAGCUUUAUUUCAAUAUGAAGAAGGAAGGUCACACGGUUUCUGUAUUGCACGGUUCAUUACAAACCCAAGAAAGAGAUAGGUUGAUUGACGACUUCAGAAACGGACGUUCCAAAGUUUUGAUCACAACCAAUGUUCUUGCCAGAGGUAUAGAUAUUCCGUCUGUGACCAUGGUGGUCAACUACGAUAUGCCAUUCGACAAGAACCAACGUCCUGAUCCUUCCACAUACUUACACAGAAUCGGUAGAACGGGUCGUUUUGGCCGUAAAGGUGUUUCCAUUUCUUUCAUCAGUGACAAGAAAUCUUACGAAUGCCUUCAAUACAUCUCUGAAUACUUCGGUGGUAUUGACAUGAUAAAAUUACCUGCCGAUGACUGGGACGAAAUCGAGGAGAUUGUCAAGAAGGCAUUCAAAUAGUUUCAUGUGGUACACUAACUUAGCUUUGUUUAAUUAAUUUAAUUUGAUUCAAUUCAAGUAAAAUCAGGAAAGCGCA